UUAUGGAGGAGGUGAAAGAGCACCCGUACGUCAUGCAAUGUGAUGCCGCCAAGCCGCUGAUAGUCGACACCUUUAAAUUCAUGUACGACUUGGACUUUUUAAGUCCGCAGGCAGACGAGCUAACCACUCCACCGCUCGCCAUGCCGCGGCUGCCACACGAGGUAAUUUUUGCAAUUGGUGGCUGGAGCGGUGGAACCUCGAAAGGUUGUAUGGAGACUUACGACACACGGGCUGAUCGCUGGGUUAACAUCAACGCUGAGGAUCCUGCCGGUCCACGCGCCUACCACGGCACCGCAGUGCUUGGCUUCAAAAUAUUCUCGAUUGGCGGAUACGAUGGCGUUGAGUACUUCAACACCUGCCGCGUAUUUGAUGCCGUUAAAAAAAAGUGGAACGAAAUUGCUCCAAUGCACUGUCGUCGCUGCUACGUAAGUGUAAGCGAGCUGAACGGGAUGAUAUAUGCUAUAGGUGGCUACGACGGCCAUAACCGUCUGAACACUGUGGAGCGGUAUAACCCAAAGACUAAUCAGUGGUCUAUUAUUCCACCUAUGAACAUGCAGCGUUCUGAUGCAAGCGCGUGCACCCUGAAUGGUCGCAUUUACGCCACGGGCGGAUUUAACGGCCAGGAAUGCUUAGACAGCGCCGAGUUUUACGACCCAAUAAACAACGCGUGGACCCGAAUAGCUAACAUGAAUCAUCGUCGAUCCGGGGUGAGCUGCGUGGCCUUUAGGAGCCAGCUUUACGUCAUCGGUGGCUUCAACGGUACAGCGCGCCUAUCUACCGGAGAACGCUUCGAUCCGGAGACGCAAAGUUGGCACUUCAUCCGCGAAAUGAAUCACUCGCGUAGCAACUUUGGACUAGAGAUUAUUGAUGAUAUGAUCUUUGCAAUUGGCGGCUUCAACGGCGUCUCGACCAUCUCUCAUACCGAGUGCUACGUUGCAGAAUCAGACGAGUGGAUGGAGGCCACUGAUAUGAACAUUGUCCGUUCCGCCCUGUCUGCCAAUAACGUAGUAGGCCUUCCAAACAAGCGAGACUAUAUUCAUAAGGAACGGGACCGCCUAAUGGAGGAGAGACGUCAGCGUCUUAUGGCCACCGCCAUGGCUCGGGAGAACAUCGGCCACGUCAAUCCCUCGCAAUCGUUAGUAGAGAACAAUGAAGGUGGCAUGGAUGGCUACGAUGAUGAUGAGACUGAGCACCAGCGACUAGUACAGCAGCAGAUCAUACCACUCCCCCUAGGCCUCCAAAUGCCGGCUGUAGCUGCUGGCCCAGCUAUUUUUAAUGGUCUUAUUCCAAGACUAGGUCUUGAUCUCCAGGCGCCAGGUCAACCUUUACCGGUCUCCAACGUCCAAUUCAACCGUGUAAUUGAGGAUCGUGACCUAGACAACAGACGCCGAUUUCGUAUGCAGCUGCGUAACCAACGCCAUGGAUCGCAUCAUGAAAUUCGCCGUCCCUCCUAGGCGACAGCUAUUAGAGCUUUUACCCUGAAUUAUGUACCUAAGCACACCAGCGAUAACACGAUUUCUGAGGGACAGAUCACCACAUAAGAUUAAACGUUAGCGUGAGGCAUGGUAUUUUCGACCUACAAGUACUGCAGCGAAGCCCACGUCCGUCGAAACCGCUUUUCAAAAAACUUUUCCACGGCCAUUAGCACAAACAGAAACAAACACAAGUGUGGUUACCAAGUCGUCGCCUUUUUUCAUUAAUUUAACGGAAUUAUAAAAUUGGACGUUCCAAGUUCAAAGUAAAUCGAGCCAUUAUAUUUAAUCAAAAUUAUAGUCUAUCUAAAUUUUUUAAAAUAAAGAUUUAAAUUGAGA